AUGAGUCUCCCACUAUGGAGCGAGAGCAGUGAGAGAGGCUCUCAGACAGAUAACACUGUGGAAAUCAGCGACAUCGAGGCGCAGAGUAAUAUUUCCGAGAAGAGGUCAGAGCCAAGUAGACCUUUGUCGAUGGGAGAAGGGAAAGCUUUCCCUCCACUAUUACCAAACGAAGAUGAUUAUAUCGUCACAUUCGACGGCCCGGACGACCCGGAACAUCCGUUUAACUGGAGCUUUACAGUGAAGCUCUAUACCUCGGUUAUGGUGUGCUUUGGCACAUUUAUCUCAUCGUUUGCUAGCGCGGUGUUUGCCCCAGGGACCGCUGGCGUAGCCAAGGCAUUUGGAGUGAGUACCGAGGUCGGGAUUCUUGGUACCACUCUUUUCGUUCUCGGGUUUGCAUCGGGCCCAUUGAUAUGGGCGCCAUCUUCAGAAUUAAUAGGACGGCGGUUACCCUUGACUGUGGGCAUGUUCGGUGUUGCGGUUUUCAGCAUUGCAUCGGCUGUGGCGAAAGAUAUUCAAACUGUUAUCAUCUGUCGCUUUUUUGCUGGGCUAUUUGGCGCCAGCCAGCUCUCGGUAGUUCCUGCCGUUCUAUCGGACCUUUUCAAUAAUAUUCAUCGUGGGCCUGCUAUCACGGUUUACUCGCUGGCCGUGUUUGUAGGCCCCUUUAGCGGCCCAUUCAUUGGGGGGUUCAUCUCCUCCAGCUUCCUCGGCUGGCGAUGGACACUCUAUAUUCCUGCUUUCAUGGGCUUCGCAUGUUGCAGUGUAUUCGUACUUUUCUUGAAAGAAACAUAUGCUCCAUGCAUCCUCAUCCCAAAGGCAGAAGCUCUCCGACAACAGACCUCCAAUUGGGGGGUCCAUGCUAAGCAAGAGAUGGUUAAAGUCGACUUUCAAGAGUUGCUUGAAAAGUAUUUUACGCGGCCAUUGCGAAUGCUGGUCACCGAGCCGAUUAUCUUGGUUGUCUCUCUCUACAUGUCCUUCAUCUAUGGACUCGUGUACGCGCUGCUGGUAGCCUAUCCUUACGUAUUUGAGUCAGUCUACGGAAUGAAUCCCGGACUCAGCGGCCUCACCUUUUUUGGGCUUAUCAUUGGUCAAGUGCUAGCAUGCGGAUUUGUUCUGUCUCAACAGUCCAUCUACGUGAAGAAGCUAAUAGCAAACAAAAACGUACCUGUCCCCGAAUGGCGGUUGCCGCCUGCCAUUAUCGGUGCUCCAAUUUUCACCGUGGGAGUAUUCUGGUUCAGUUGGACAGGCUUUACGUCGUCAAUUCACUGGCUUGCUCCAACUGCCUCAGGAGUUCUGAUCGGGUUCGGGAUCCUGUGUAUCUUCCUUCCCUGUUUCAACUACUUGGUCGAUUCGUACCUUCCGCUCGCCGCAUCCACCGUUGCUGCGAAUAUUAUUCUCCGAUCUAGCGUCGCCGCCGGGUUUCCCUUGUUUGCCAAGCAGAUGUUUAAGAAUCUCGGGGUACAGUGGGCAGGUACCCUGAUAGGAUGUUUGGCGGCCAUUAUGAUUCCGAUCCCUGUGGUGUUCAAGAAGUAUGGGCCGCGACUGAGGGGAAAGUCGAAACUGAUGCCCUAA